UGACAACUCAUCACAAUCGUAGUUACAUCUUCUCCCAAUCAAAAAAACAAUUGUAGUCGCAACUAAGCCUCGUCCUCUUGUUCUCUCGUCAUCCGACAGAGUACAAGUUGUAAACCAGCCACCUCCUUGCUCUCUUGUCAUCAGACAAAGAUAAAAAAAAACUCACCUUUUAGGUAUUUAAGCAACAACUUCAAAAUUCGUACAACUUCUCUAUCACCUCGCGUGAUUCGGAUCGAGUCGAAUUUUUCGGACCAACAGCAGCAGCAUCGGCUAUCAGCUCGCAGGAACCUCUACACUGUCAUCAAGAUCUCCAGUACGACUACCAUCGAAAUCGCAGGCACAGGGAGGGUAACCUAUUAGAAGUUUUAGACUUGAUUACUCAGUGCGUUGUGUUGAUUAUUCUGGAUUUCAGUGCUAUUGCAUUUGAUCAACUUCAGGAGAGCACUCGUCAUAGGAUGAACUUUUAUGGUUUUGAAAUGUACUAAAUAUGAAUCAUUAAGUUCUUAGAUUAUUAACCUGUAUCCCCUCCUCUAUGCUCCUAGGUACGACAGCCACAAGGGGAUCGUAGAUCACCUUCAUCACCGUCAUCAUUGCCUCUGGAUAUCAGAGCCCAGACCGACUCCACCACCAACGACUCCACUGCGGUCUCCAAGAAAGACAGGACCUCCACCGAGAACAUUCUCACCAGCACCAACUGCAGUCGCACAGCCUACACAAGAUGGCGGCCUCCGAUCGUUCUUUGAGCCAGAAGCAGUUGACGGAAGUCAUUUAUGAGAGGGUGGAUUUCAUUCAGGGAUAGUCUAAUUCUAAAUAUUGAAAAUUGAAAAUCAAAAAUAUACUGCUAUGCACUUUCAUUUAGAAUCAAAGACUGCAGAUAAGUAUUGACUUUCAUAAUUUUCGUGUGUCGAUGCGUCUAAUCACUGGCCCUCAUGGCGCAGGACCUCGAUGCAGGGGAGUACAGCUUUCGCACCAAG